AUGAGCAUCAAAAUCGAGCCGAUCGAGGUCCGCUACAAGGGCAAGAAAUUCGAGCCGCCGCGCUCCACCGAUGUCGGCGUGCUACGAGUCUGCGACGACGAUAACUCAUUCCAAGUGACCUUCGACGUCAACGGCUACAAUUCCAAGGAGGUCAAGGUCGUGGGCCGCAACGGUGUCCUGGAGGUGCAUUGUAACCCAACGAACCGGCCCGACGCACCGGCAGCCAGCGUCAAAAGCUGCAAAUUCCCCCAUGACGUCGACUGCUCCACCGUCAGAAGCAACAUGACGUCAAGUGGAACCUUGGAAAUUACGGCUCGAAAGUAC